AUGGGCUCCCUGGGGCGCUGCCUGGCCCGGAGCCUGCUGCGGGGGCCGCCGGGCCCGCGCCGCCCCCUCGGGCCGCCCCACCGCCACGGCUCCGGCACCCCUGAGCUGCAGGAGAAGACAUUGGUGCUGGUGAAGCCCGAUGCCGUGCAGCGGCGGCUGGUUGGGGACGUCAUCAAGCGCUUUGAGAGGCGCGGGUUCAAGCUGGUGGGCAUGAAGCUGCUCCAGGCCAACCAUGACAUCCUGGACAAGCACUACCACCAGCUGCGGCAGAAGCCCUUCUACCCUGCGCUGCUCGCCUACAUGAUGUCGGGCCCGCUGGUGGCCAUGGUCUGGGAAGGCUACAACGUGGUGAGGUCCACCCGCGCCAUGGUGGGGGACACCAACUCGGCCGAGGCCAAGCCGGGGACGAUCCGGGGUGACUUCAGCAUGCACGUGAGCAGGAACGUGGUUCACGCCAGCGACUCGGUGGAGACGGCCCACGAGGAGAUCAGCUUCUGGUUUCGCAGCAACGAGCUGGUGGCCUGGGAGUGCAGCGACCAGGACUACACCUACGGGCCCUAG